GUGUCCUACAACACCAUAUCAAAUCAAAGGCUUCAAAAUUUGAUUAUCGGGACUCUAACCCUAGCGUCACUACUCACUACCGAGAACUGAAAAAUCCCCAAUCCAACACUCUCUACUCCACCUGCAAAUUCCUCUUUUCUUUGUCAUUUUAUUGGUAUUUUUUUGGCUCCAAUGGGGGACGAAAAUCAGCCUUCUAAGAAAAGAGCCGCUGGUAGAGAAUUAUCUCGAGAUAAUCCUGGUGUUGAUGAUGAGGAAGAAGUUGAUGAACAGGCGACUGGAACUUUCAAGAAAGCCACUGAGGAGGUGCUGGCCACAAGACGAAUUGUGAAAGUUCGUAGACAACCAACACCUACAGCACCUUCUGCUCCUUCAUCCAAUCCCUUUGCUGGCAUUCGUUUGGUCCCUCCCGCUCCCGCUCCCGCAAAAGCUCAAGCUGCUGAAGAUAAAACUAGCAAUGAAGAUGCAAUCACCAAAAAUGCUAACACAGAGUCUGAAGUGAACAAAGUAGAGUCAGAAGAGAAAACCAAUGAAGAUACAACAGAAGCUAAUGCAGCAGACCCAGAUAAUAAAGUGCCUACUGAGCAAGUAUCUGCAGUCACUCAACCUGAUGACACUGUUGAUAAGGCUGCUGAGCUUAAGCCAAAUGACGAGGUAGGAGCUGACAGCAAUUCGGAGAAAGCAGUUGAAGGGGAAACUGCUGUUGAAAAACAAGCUGAGGGCGACGUGGUUGAGAAUGAUGAUACAAAUGAGAAUGAAAUACCUGUUGCAGGUGGGAAUAGCAGUGCUACUUUGAGUUCAUUUCAGCAACUUUCGAACAGCCAGAAUGCGUUUACUGGACUUGCUGGUACUGGAUUUUCAUCAUCGACAUUUUCAUUCGGGUCUUCCCUUCAAAAAGAUGGGUCUCCUUCACAAUCAUCCCUUCCCACCUUUAGUUUUGGUGCGUCAAAUAACGGCAGUACUUCACUUUUUGGUUCAGUGCCGACAGGGACUUCCAUUGGGACCAAGACUGAGAACCCUGUAUUCCGUUCCAUGCCAGAGGUACCAACAGAAACAGGUGAAGAGAAUGAAGAAACAGUUUUCUCCACCGAUUCUGCUCUUUUUGAAUAUCUUGAUGGUGGUUGGAAAGAACGUGGAAAAGGAGAGGUAAAGGUGAAUGUGAUGAAGGGCGAUGCUGAGAAAGCUCGGUUGGUGAUGCGGGCUAAGGGAAAUUUGAGAUUGAUUUUGAAUGCUUGUCUAUUUCCAGAUAUGAAGCUCACGAAGAUGGACAAGAGAGGCGUCACCUUUGCUUGUGUGAAUAUUGCUAUGGAGGGCAAAGACGGCUUAUCAACAUUUGCUUUGAAGUUCAAAGACGGUACAAUCAUGGAUGAAUUUUCUUCAGCCGUUUCAGUUCACAAGGGUACAAGUACAACUGCUACUGCACCAGCUCUUAAGACUCCAGAAAAUUCUCCGAAAGCCUCUGAUGAUUGAUAGAUUUAGAUGCUUCUGCUGUGUUGCCAUAGUGCAAAAACGCGGUUUGCAAAAAGCGUAAAACCUUGCAUAGACGAAGAAGUAAGAGGGUUUAUUAAGAAAUUUUGUUCAUUGUGGAAUGUUGUUGGACGCCGGUUCCGGGGCAAAUGUUGAAAGACAUUUACUCCCCCAUUUUGUUGUGGGAGGUACUUGUAAACUUAGUUACUUGUAUUCCGGAAGGUUGAAUACUAUGUAAGGUUUUCUGAAAUUGUUACUAAAUUUGAACUUAGGAAGGUCAGUUGUGAAUGAUGUUAAUCAUCUUAUUUGCUUGCUUUAUUUGAUUGGAUCGUCCGAUCUUUUGAGUUACAUAUUUUUGGUGUAAAUUCAAAGGGCUGGCGAGAGCGAUAACAUAUGUUAGUUUUAUUCUGUUACCGGUUAUGCUUAGAAAGUCAAGAUUGUGAACCAAAGUGGAUUUUAAGAAAUAAACUACCCUAUUUCUAUUAUUGUGAACCAAAAUGAACAAUUAUGAUUUAAUUUUUUUUUCCAACGC